AUGUUCAAACACCUUAAGACCAGCGUCGCCCUCGCCGCGAUCGUGGCCUUGGUGCCGAGCCUUGCAAAGACGCCCAAAGGCUUCUCCGACAACGCCGAGAGUGAGUCGGUGCUGCAGUUGAAUCGAGCGUGUUGGCAGAUGAGGACGCUGACUACAGGCAAACUCGUGAUCAGUCGUUUCCAUCUCGACAGGCCAUCCAGGAUGCAGAGAGAACCCUGGUGUUGCAUCAAAUUGCUGGGAACAGGCGUGUGACUCGGUGACUGGCAACAGUGCGAGGAUCAAGCUCAUGGCUCCUGCCGAGAAAACUGGCCAAUUUUGGGUCGAGUGUACGCUGUGAGUAUUGUCACCUUGGCCUUCUUGAUCAUGGAAUGCGUAACAUUGAUCCCUUCACCACGCGAUGAUCCGCCGGUGCAGUGAUAUCAAGAUCAAACCGGUUCCUAUCGGCUCGUGAGUACUUCACCGCAUCGUUUAGUGCAUUUCGUCAUCGGAAGCUGAAAGUCGCUAGCUCGAACUUUUAAAUUAGCGAUCUCGACAACUACACGGGCUCUGCCAUCUCAAAGACGGGCUUCCAUCUGGAAACCUGA